AAUAUAUGACACUCAUUUCAAAGGGUUCUUGAUUAUUAUUAUUUUUUGUGUGUCGCUAAAUUUGUCCGAGGUACUUUGAAAGCAGCACGAGAAGCAGGUCUGUUGCUGAUGACGAAGUUGUUAUGCGACCUGAAAAUCAUGCCUGUUGGAGACAACUUGAACUAUUUAGUCUCAAUUUUUGGGGAUUUUGGUUGCCGUGAGUCAUUGUUAUGAAUAAAUAAGAGUCACUAAAAUUUUUCCGAAUCAGUUAGAUCUUGUUUUAAGCUAUCGCUAAUAUUUGUAGGCACUAAAGGUUGUUUGUAAUUGGUGUUAGGAUCAGGAAUGACCCAUAUAGAAUGUGCAUAUUGUGUGGUCAGCUUUAGAAUAUAAAGCUUUAAGCAUUUAUAUAUCAAAAUAUUAGUAAGGUAUUACUGUUGCUUCACAUACAUGUGAAUGUUUUGCAGAUUUACUCAUUAAAACAUGGCUCCAACCUUGUUAUUGAAAGUCAGAAUGUGUUUUGGGUCGCCACAGCUGACUUCCACAGCACGCUUUCUAUGCACAAAAGACAUUAAACCAAACAUCGGAGGCCGAAAGGUGGACAGAAAGAACAAUAGGCAGCCUGAAAUACCCAACAGAGCUUUCAGACAGGACACAGAGGAUGGGAAAAGUAAGAAAUCUAGCAUGCUGCCGCAGACUUCAUUCCCCAGAUCUGUUUUUGCUGCUGGGACGGCAAAGAGGACAGCAGAAUUGAUGAAGAGGAAGGCACAACUAGUCUCUGAGGAAGAGGAGCAACAGGACGGUGGACGUAGGACGGGUAUAAAAAUAGGAAAGCUUCAGCCUCCGGAACGACCUCUGUCUCCCGCUGAGUGGAAGAAGCUGAGGGAGUCUCUGGGAAACCCAGAACGUUUUGACAUCCGGAUGAUGAAGGCACUGUUCAGCUCUGGAUCAGAGCUGAAUAUCGCAAAGUCCUUGCUGACUUUCGUGGCAGUGGAAAUGGGCACGUUGUCCUAUGAGCUGUUGCUCUGCUACUUGACACUUUGCGUGAGCAGCGGCCACGACGACGAGGUGUCUGACGUAUACAGAAUCAUGCGUGGAAGUUUCCCUUCACUGGAGACCGGCGCCUCCAGCCUUUUUAUCAAGGCCUUCAGCCGGACUGCAAGGUGGAAGGAAGCAGUCGAGAUCCUGCAGGAGGUCAAGAAGGUUUAUUCACCAUCAACGCGAAACUACGGUGAUGUUGUCGCAGCGGCGGUUUAUCACAAUGAUGCGACAACUGCCUGGGGUCUGUACGACGAAUUAAUUGAAAAGGGACUGAGCCCUCAUCAGGAGACCUGGGAUGCUCUUUUUACAGGCGUGAAGGAGGGAGGGGGGGAAAAAGAAAUGGGAGCCAUGACUGAGUCAGAGCAGCAUGAGAGGCUGCUGGGAAUUCUCAUGUACAUGAGGAACAACCAGAUCUAUCCCCAGCAGGCCGUUGCAAACAGGAUAAAGAGCUGGUUUGAGAGUCUCAGCAACCAGAAAUGGACAGCAGCCUGGAGCAGUGCCACCCCAAAAGGUGUGUGUAGGUGUUGUGGGUCAGAGCUGGAAUCUAUCCAGCUGAGUGCUGAGGAGUAUCAGGAACUGAAGGACAGAGUCAUGACUGACGUCAUUCAGGGGAAAGAUGUGUUCAAAAAGACCACUCCUGAGGAGCUGGAGCGCUUUAAAGUGUUUGUGAAGAGGAAGCCAGCCUUUGAUGUGGUCAUAGAUGGGCUGAACGUUGCAAACAUCAACAAGGACAAGAGCAAGCAGUCGGAGACGUUGUUGGCAGUGGUGUCAGAGCUUGAGCGUCAGGCCCUCAGCAUCCUGGUGCUGGGGAGGAAACACAUGUUGACGGCUUCCAGAACCUGGAAUAGACACAACAUGAGCCUCAUCCAGCAGAAAGCCCAUUGCUUCUUUACGGAUAACAUAUCUGAGGACGACCCGUUCCUGCUGUACGCCACUCUGCAUUCUGGGAACCACUGUCAGUUUGUGAGCAGAGACCUGAUGAGGGACCAUAAAGCCUGCCUGCCAGAUGGGCCAGCGAGGCGGCUCUUCUUCAAGUGGCAGAGGGGCCAUCAGCUGGUGGUGGCUGGGUAUGUCGUAGCUGGCAGGAGGGUUCGAUUUCAAAAUAUUCCCUGCUUUGACACCAUUGUCCAGUCUACAGGAGAUACCUGGCACAUUCCCUAUGAUGACACAGAGGACAGAAGCACUUAUGAAGUGCCACAACGGUGGCUGUGCCUCACCAGAAAACACUGAACAAAAAUGUUUUAUGCAAACAUUUGUGUGAAUAAAAUAUUUUAAACUGUGGACUUGUGAAUAAAACA